AUGGCACGACCCGGCGGCGAAGGACCCACUGAUCGGCCUGAUGAGAGUGAGUCUCUCGAGACACCACAUGCACGCUCCUUAGAAUCCAGGCGACGCAGCUCACUGGUUUUCCCUGGGGAUGAAACACAUGCCGAUAAGCAGAUCGACUCCCCCGAGGAUUUCGUCGAAUGGAUUAAAGACAACGCAGAAUUCACCUUCACGCUCAUGAUACACAGGCAAGAGAAGUGGGAACAGAGGGAGCAGGAAAUCAAAGAGAUGGAAAACGCCCAUAAGGAGGAGGUGUUCAACUUAAACGAACGGAUUAUGCGUUUAACGCAACAAAUCCCCCGCGAAAAUGAGGAUGGAGAUUCGCGUAUGGAGGCAGAGUAUGCCCAGAUGCGGGAUGAGUUAGACCAGGCUCAGAAGGAGAAAGAAAGUCUGCUGGCGGUGGUCAAGAUGAUGGGAGGAGGCGCACCUACCGUGAAAGGAAACCAUCAGUCCCCUGCACAGAAGAGGUCCGCCAAAAUGCCAGAUCCUCCGGUGCUUAGUGACGGAAAGGGUGUGAAGUUCAAACCAUGGAGGGCAGAAAUGCAGCGGAAGCUGCUCUUGAAUGAUGAUCAUUACCCCACAACGGCACAUCAGUUAGCAUAUGUCAGCAGUCGAUGCGAGGGAAAAGCGUAUGGUCAUAUUAGUCCUCGAAUGGAGGACAACUCGACAACUCCCUACCAGACAAUCAAGGACGUCUUCGAUCAUCUGGAAAGCGUCUUUUAUGAUCCCAACCAAAAGCAGGUGGCUCGGGAUGAGUACCUGGACCUCAAAAUGGAUGCGAAACAAGACUUCAUUGAUUUCCUGGCGGACUUCACCCGCCUAGCGGAAGAAUCCGAACAACCGAUGGACCUCAGGAAGAAGGAUUUGUAUCGGAAAUUGCCAUCUCUCUUACAAACUCAAGUUAUGAUCCACUCGGGAGAUAAGUCAGUCUCCCUCGAGCAGUUCAUUCACAAAUGCCAGAUUGCUUCCCGCUUGAUCGCUCAGCAAGUCGCCGCCCGGAAUGCCACUCGAAAUACAAACCGCAACAACAAUAGCGGCACUGCCGGCCGUGGUGAAGCAUCGCGUUCGACUUCCACCAACAAUGAGAUUACCCGCUUGACCGACGCCGAAAAGGCAACACUUAUGAAGGAAAGGAAGUGUUUCAUUUGCAGGGAACAGGGCCACGUCUCUUAUAACUGCCCCAAGAAGACAAACAAAAACGAAAGGACCGCCGUCGCCUCCGCCACCGUGACGGGUGCCAAGGCCAAAACCAAGACGAAAGACGAGAUCGAAGAAGCAGAGACCGACGCCGAUUCGGGAAACGAGUAG